CGCCGCAGCCGCCGCCGGAGCUCUGUAGUAUGGCAUCGAGGAGAAUGGAGACCAAACCUGUGAUAACCUGUCUCAAAACCCUCCUCAUCAUCUACUCCUUCGUCUUCUGGAUCACUGGGGUGAUCCUGCUGGCUGUUGGAGUCUGGGGCAAGCUCACUCUGGGCACCUAUAUCUCACUUAUUGCCGAGAACUCCACAAAUGCUCCCUAUGUGCUCAUCGGAACUGGCACCACUAUCGUCGUUUUUGGCCUGUUUGGGUGCUUUGCUACAUGCCGUGGUAGCCCGUGGAUGCUGAAACUGUAUGCCAUGUUUCUGUCGCUGGUGUUCCUGGCUGAGCUCGUAGCUGGCAUUUCAGGGUUUGUGUUUCGCCAUGAGAUCAAGGACACCUUCCUGAGGACUUACACGGAGGCCAUGCAGAAUUACAAUGGCAAUGAUGAGAGGAGCCGGGCAGUGGACCACGUUCAGCGCAGUCUGAGCUGCUGUGGUGUGCAGAACUACACCAACUGGAGCACCAGCCCCUACUUCCUGGAGCAUGGCAUCCCCCCCAGUUGCUGCAUGAACGAAACUGACUGUAACUCCCAGGAUCUACACAAUCUGACCGUGGCUGCCACCAAAGUUAACCAGAAGGGUUGUUAUGAUCUGGUGACCAGUUUCAUGGAGACCAACAUGGGAAUCAUCGCUGGAGUGGCAUUUGGAAUUGCAUUCUCCCAGUUGAUUGGCAUGCUGCUGGCCUGCUGUCUGUCCCGCUUCAUCACAGCCAAUCAGUAUGAGAUGGUGUAAGGAGAAGUCUUUCAAGAGCAACGGAAUAAGAGACCUGUUUUAAAAAGGAACUACAGCAAUCUUUGAAAGACUUCCAGAGAAUGUUUAGAGCACAGUACAUAAUACACCUUCCCUGCUCUCCCUGUUCCUUACCCCUUCCCCUGUUCCUCAUCCCUCCCCCAUGUGCAACUGAAUGACACUCCCUCCCAAUCUCUGCUCCACCUUUCAGCCGCAUUAUGUGUAGUGUCAAUUUUGUGAAGUCCUGUUGUGCCACAGAGUGUAGCCAGGUCCCCCUGCAGCUAGUCCUAAUGAAUCCCACCCCGAGGCCCCACGCGUGCCAGCUCCUCCGUGUGUACUCAGUCCUACUGCAGCUCAUCAUAGGUGACUGGUUAUCACACCAUAACUGGCCUCUCUGGGCCCUGCAUGUAGUAUGGGAGGCUUCCUGUGAGCUCCUCACUGUGGUUGAUAAAUGCCACACACCUUUAUGUAGAUAAGCAGACGGUAGUUAUCUGUUCUUUUGACUUAAUCUCUUUUGGUUUGGUUUUCCCUUUAUUGAAGCUUUUUCCUACCUUCUUCAGGCUGCCUAAAACAUGUAAAGAGACACAUUGGUAAUUGUGAUGAGGAGGAAAAAACAUAUGUCAUGCAUGAAGGAAAUUGUUGUUGAGCUUUAGGUGGCCUCCUUGCUCGUAAUUGUUAUGUACCUGGGUAUGUGUAGGCAGUUCAGUGCACCUUUGCUUCUGAGUUGAAACCUGUAUAAUCCUGUUACAAGCUAUGUUGUUGCUUCCCGUGAAGGCAAUGAUUUUACUUCUGUUUUUUUCCCAUUUAAUUGCUAUUGUGUUAUUUUACUUCUUCCUGUAUUUGUUUCUUGAAUUGACAUUACAGACAUUGAGGACCUCAUCAGAUCAAUCUAAAAAUGAGUGUGAAGGGGGAGCAAAAGUCAAAAUAUUUUUAAAAGAUCUUAAAAAUAAUGCCUCUGUCUAGCAUGCCAACAAGAAUGCAUUGAUAUUUGUGAACAUUUGUGAUAUGUGUAUUAAUAAAUAGAGCAAUUACAAAUG